AUGAGGAGUCUCACCCACACCUGCCCAGGACCAGCGCUGGCGGAGGAUGCGGACAGCCGGCGGGGAGCGGUCCUGGUCCGGAAGGAUGCAGGUCUGCAGCGGCGCGCGGGCGGGGCCGGGUCGGAGAGGGGGGCGGGGUCCCGGCGGUCACGUGGGAUCGGGCCCCGCCCCGCCCUCCCGCCUCUAAUUGGUCUGCGAACUCUAGGGGCCAGCGCUCGCGUGCUCUGGCUGUCGGCUGCAGGGAUGGCGGGCUGGGUUAAGGGCAAGAGCUUCCUGGCUCCUGGUUUGCUGCAGGGCCAAGUGGCCAUCGUCACCGGCGGGGCCACGGGCAUCGGAAAGGCAAUCGUGAAAGCUCUUGGAGCUGGGUACGGUCGGGAGCCAGGGGCUCUCGGCGGGGCUUGGGGAGUGUGGAGCUGCAGAGCGGAGCGGGGGCAGAUCUCCUCUGUGGUCUGCUUCCUACUGUCUCCCGCAGCUUCCUUCAUCACUGGAGAGUCGGUGGAUGUGUAUGGGGGCCAAUGUCUCUUUUCUCAUUGGUAUGAGUUUCCAGAUCAUGACAACUGGCCCGAGGGAGCAGGGGACCUUUCUGUUGUCAAAAAGAUGAAGGCAUCUUUUAAGCAGAAAGCUAAGCCCUGAGCUGAGGAAACAAGACGUCCUUCAUCCCCCACUGCCUUCUGAUCUUGAGGAAUGUGCCUCGGUACAUUUUAAAAGCUUAUAGUUAGUAUGGAAAACAUCUUUCUGAUUUUUAAAUGUUACUAAUUAUAUCUAUGGAAAAACGAUUCCUGAAAUAUAUAUAUUUUUAUGUCCCAA